AUGUUACCAAGUGGCGGCUUUGCAACGCCCCUCUCUAAACGGCGGAAUAUCUCAAAUGCGAUAAGUCAGUCCGGAAGAUACUCAUACAGCACAGCCCCUGUCGAUACCACACAGCCUGUCAUUCACGAUGUCUUUGAGUCAAGGACAGGAACCUGGCAAUACGUCGUUGCAGACCCAGCGACGAAAGCGGCGGUCAUCAUUGACCCAGUCCUGGAUUAUGACCGCACAACUCAAAUUAUCACCACUUCUUCAGCUGACGAGUUGCUUCGAUUGGUCAAAGAAAAGGGCUACCGAGUCUUGCGGAUCCUAGAAACUCAUGCACAUGCAGAUCACCUCACUGCAGCUUCGUACCUACAGAAGCGCAUCGCAGAGGAGCAUGGUAACAGGCCACAGAUUGGCAUCGGACGGCGCAUCGGACAGGUACAGGACUUAUUCGGCCAACGAUAUGACGUGCCCAGCCAAGAGCGUCAUGGUGCUUUUGACAAACUCUUUGAAGACGAUGAGAGUUUUAGCAUCGGUAACCUGAGCGCGACUGCCAUUCAUCUCCCCGGGCACACGCCUGACCAUCUGGGCUAUAAGAUCGGAGACAAUGUGUUCUGCGGUGACUCCCUUUUCCACGUGGACAUUGGGACUGCUCGAUGUGACUUUCCUGGGGGAAGUGCCAACAACCUUUAUCACUCGGGCCGCAGGCUUCUUAGUCUUCCAGACCACGUCAAAGUUUGGACAGGCCAUGACUAUCCCCCGGACGAUCGAGAAGGCCCAGUGCCAUGGAUGACAGUCAGCGAUCACAGAAAGCUAAACAAACACUUACGGGACGGUAUCACCGAGGAGGAAUUCGUUGCGCAACGCAAAGAGCGCGAUGCUAAGCUCGCUGCCACAACCAACGGCUUCUGGGCAUCGUAUGCUUCGUGUACCUAUGAAACUUGGAGACCUGCAAUGGUGAUCAACAAGAUACCGCUGGCCGCGGUCGGGAGCGUGAACACUGUGUCAGUUAUCUACGGAGGCUAG